GAGCUGUGUAUUUUAUUAAUUAUAGUGUUGGUGACUGACUUGGUUGACAGAGUUGUGUAUUCGAUGAGUUAUAGAGUUGGUCGAUAGUGUUCGUGGACAGAGCGAUACCCGACAACCCACUACGACUGGCGUUUGUGGGGUCAAGAACUUGAUCCUUUUACCGUGUUGACAAUCUUUUUAAAGCAGUUGGGUUUUUUUCACGAGGAUUAUCCGACAAGCUGUGAACUUUAUGGAUAACCAAUAAUAUGUAUUGAAGGACAUUAACCGUGUUAAUAUUAUAUAUAUGGGAAUCGAUUUAUAUCAUUAAAGGAAUGGAGAAGUUUUAAGAACAAGAAGAUUACAGGUAGUCUACUGACAAUAAUUAGAUCAACCGAGUUUUCGUCGGUUUCUGGAAACUUAAGAAGUCAAGAUGGAGGAUUACACUGCAUACGGUGAAGGUUCCCAUUCAGAGGAGGUUGUACCAUUAACCGAAAACAUGACGGAAGGUUCUGCAACCAUGGAAUCCAGUUACAUCCCAACGUCUACUGCUCCACAGACAGCUAAGCUACCCAUAAACACCUGCUGGGGGAAAUUCGUAACCGGAUUAAACACAAUUUAUUCAUGGGUUAGCUCACUUGUGGGUUUACUGUCCCUACUGGUGGUUUAUACUGUAAUCGGUGCCUUCAUAUUCCGUGCCAUCGAAGCUCCACACGAAAAACUCGAAAAGAAAAAUAUUAUUGUAGAACGGAAGGAAAUGAUCGAGGCGCUAGUUAAUAUAACCAAGGCAGCACAUGGGUUAAAUGAGAGUGAAAUGACCAAGGACGUAGCAGAAAGAUUGACUAAUUAUGAAUUAACGAUCUAUGAAGCUUAUAAAAAUGGUAUAACAACUAUUUCAACAGAACAUAAAUGGAAUAUUUGGACUGCUUUGUUUUAUUGUGGAACCAUCUACACAACUAUAGGCUAUGGUCAUAUAUCACCAGCAACUGAUUUAGGGCGAGUCUUGACGAUUAUAUACGCUGCUAUUGGCAUCCCGCUAGCUUUAAUAGCCCUGGCAGAUCUAGGUAGAAAAUUCACAGUUGGUCUCAAGUUUGUCUAUGCAUUUGUGAGACAAGUGUACUAUUGGAAAUGCUGUAACAGAGUUCGAACUCGUCACAGACUGGAUAUUACCGACGCGGAAGCCGGGACAAAGGUUGCUAACGGUACAGAAGUCCGACCCGGGGUCAAAGUGUAUUUUGGUUAUGAGAUCAGUACGGAGUUUAACAUACCAAUAUUCGUGGUGGCUUUUAUCAUCGUUUUGUAUCUGUUUCUAGGAGCUUGCAUGUACACCUUGUGGGAGGAUUGGACGUACAUCGAAGCUAUCUACUUCGUCUUUAUUUCAAUAAGCACGAUAGGAUUUGGCGACGUUAUCCCGGCCCACCCAAAAUUCUUUUUGCUGUCGUCUGUUUAUGUUUUUAUUGGACUUUCCCUGAUAUCCAUGUCGAUUAAUGUUGCCAUCGAAUUCUUUAAUCAACAAAUCGGAAAAGCGAAGGUCAAUUUUGGAAAAGCCAGUGGAAGAGCGCGUGAAAAGGCGGUGGAGAAAAUCCACGACGUGAAUAGAACUUUAACGAAGGCACGUGAUAGAAUGCAUGACAUCGGCAAAAAGAGAAGUUUUGAGGAACACGAAAACGAUUCGCCGGAACGGCAUUUCCAUAAUGGUCACAAUGGUCAUAAAACUAAGCACAAAGAUAGUCCAAAGGGGGAGAAUCACAAAGACAGCCCAAGGAGAGAUAAUCACAAAGAUAUUCAUAAGGGAGAUAAUCACAAAGAUAGCCACAAGGGAGUUAGUCACAAAGACAGUCAAAGGGCAGAUAAUCACAAAGAUAGCCCUGAGGGAGAUAAUCACAACGAUAAACACAAGGAAGAUCGUUACAAAGAUACACACAAGGAAGAUAAUCCAAACGUUAAAGAUAGCAAUGCGUAGACGUGACAUUCGCGUUAUGGCAUUGUUAGGAUAGCCGUGACGUUGUGGCAUUAUUUGGAUAGCUGUCACCUGAAAUAAUUGGGGUUUUGGUGGUGGAUGAUGACGCGGACGGUCGUGUCUCGUGUGUGAAAUGUUUCCUUUGUUUCCUACUAUCUACAGAUUAUCAACAAUAAUCAACUUGUGGGAAAGCGAACGUUACCCCAGUCUGAUCAUGAUUGUUAGAUGAGUGAAAUUUAUGUAUAACACUUACGUAUUGGGAAAACUCAAUUGUGAUUGAUUACUCGAACCAUGGUGAAUAUCGAGAUAGGUAGAACUGUUAAUGCCUAAACCAAUCACACCUACUAUGUUUGAUUACGUCACGAUACCAUAAUGGCCAGAAUGAUCAUAACACUAAGCACGUUAAACAUGUGGAUGAAAUGAUAUCGAAUGUACAUGUGCGUGUACUGAAACGAAAUGAAAUGUGGUUUAACGUCCUGUCGGAUUAAUGAAAAUGCGAUACGUUUACUGUGUAUAUACAACAUGUAAAUAAAAAUAUAUAUUUCUAAACGCUCGGGUCUCACAACGAACCACCAUCACGCUAGGCCGUGUAAUACUUAACUUAAUUGUGAUCGAAGACAUCGAAUAUAUUAACCGUAGAUCACAAACAGAAAUCAAUAUGCACAUUAAUCUGACAGGUCAAUAAAGGGAUGCAGAUUGGUUUCUUACAAUCUGAUAAUCUGUAACACUAUCCGGCUACAUAUAUUUUACUUUAACCUGUGCUCAUCUCGGUUGGUUUCACUCUGACGUGGCUACUGCUGCAUUUCUCUCAUUUAGGACUUCAACCUUGUGUGUUUUCUCACGAUACCAAUUCAAAUAUGUAA